AGAGGGCGCUGGCGGGUGGACUAGAGCGGCGCGGUCGGGUGGGAAGGGGGCGAUCGGGCCAUGGAGGACGAGCAGAGCUUCUCGGAUAUUUGCGGCGGUCGCUUGGCCCUGCAGCGCCGCUACUACUCCCCGUCCUGCCGGGAGUUCUGCCUCAGCUGCCCUCGGCUGUCGUUGCGCUCGCUCACCGCUGUCACCUGCACCGUGUGGCUAGCGGCCUACGGACUCUUCACCCUCUGCGAGAACAGCAUGAUCCUCUCCGCUGCCAUCUUCAUCACCCUCCUAGGGCUGCUUGGUUACCUCCAUUUUGUCAAGAUUGACCAGGAGACUCUGUUAAUCAUUGACUCCCUUGGCAUCCAGAUGACUUCAUCCUAUGCCUCUGGCAAAGAAAGCACUACCUUCAUAGAGAUGGGCAAGGUGAAAGAUGUGGUCAUCAAUGAGGCUAUUUACAUGAAGGUGAUUUACUACCUCUGCAUUUUAUUGAAGGAUCCAGUGGAACCACAUGGGAUAUCCCAAGUAGUACCUGUCUUCCAGAGUACCAAGCCCCGCCUGGACUGCUUGAUUGAAGUGUACAGGAGUUGCCAGGAGAUCCUGGCACACCAGAAAGCGGCAUCAGCAAGUCCAUGAGUCCCAGCAUUUCAGAAGGCCAGUAUUGUUUUCCAUGGGAGAGGACUCCUAAGCCAUAGUGGCUGGUUUAUUUUCUGUAUUCUAAACCAUCUGGUGGACACAGCUCUAAGAACCAGGAUGGAUGCAGUGGAUCUCAGAGCCACAGAGCAGGUGACUGGAAACUGCUCACUGUGUGAUGUGGAGCAAAGUAUUUGUCUGUUUUAGUGAUCCCCUUGUAAGGUUCUGCCUACUUUAUUGUUUAAGGGGAGAUCUUAAGCGGUGGUAUGUCAAAAGUAACAUUGACAAAGAGCACUUUGAAAUUCCUAAGCACAUGCAGGUUUACAUUUUGUAGUUUGUGGCGCAGACAUGGGACACUGACAGCAGAUCUCUUAAGAAACUAAUUUCCUACUACACAGUACUUCUGUGUUAAAGUCAAGCCCUUCGGGUACUGGUGACUAGGAAGAAAUGUCCUACGAAAGACCAGUCUCUGUGCACCUAGCUCCCGUGUUCUGUACAGGGUUAAUUUAUGAUGACUGUCUUAAUAAAUCGAUCCCCUUCCAAAACAUA